UCUAAAGUAUCUUACUUUUAUUCAUCAGCCAGUGUACUGACUCCUGGGAGGUGCAACAUUUCAUUUGCUGACACAUCUUUAUAAGCAACCUGACAGUCACCAGAUAUCCAACCCUGCUGUAUUUCCUUUGACUGAUGGGUUGUGUUGCAACACGAUCAUGUUAACUUUCAUUAGCUGUGGUGCACGCGUCACUAUCAUCCUUAGCCAUGCAACAUGUGUUGUAGUUAAUGUAGCCCUUUACCUGUGCCAGGGUUAGCUGCUCCUUUGGACACCAGAUCUCAGGUUUAAGUCUACCUCUGCCACCCAAGAAACUAAUAGGAAACAUGGAUCGGGAAUUUAUUGCUGAGAGACAGAAAGGACUUCAGAAUUAUCUGAACUACAUCACCUCCAAUCAUAUCCUUAGCAGCUACGAACCUGUGAAGAAAUUCCUUGACCCCAGCAACUAUUCUGCAAAUUACACUGAAAUUGCUUUGCAGCAAGUGUCAAUGUUUUUCCGAUCAGAGCCAAAAUUUGAGGUGGUUGAGCCCUUGAAAGACAUAGGUUGGAGACUACGGAAAAGAUAUGUCCUAAUGAAGUGUAAAAAUCAACCCAAAGAGCCCCUUGUCUUGAGCUGGGCGGAUUUAGGUCCUGAUAAAUACCUGCAGGAUAAAGACUUUCAGUGUGCGAUAAAGCUGCUGCCGUCAUGGACUCAUCCAUAUAUUCACCGCGUCACGUUUGCCACAGCCAGCGAAUCCUCUGCCCUUGUUAUCAGGCCGUUCAAUGAAAAGGGAACAUUAAAGGAUCUAAUCUACAAGGCCAAACCUAAAGAUCCCUUUCUUAAGAAAUACUGUAAUCCCAGAAAAAUCCAAGGGCUGGAGCUGCAGCAAAUCAAGACAUUUGGGAGACAGAUCUUAGAGGUACUCAAGUUUUUACAUGAUCGGGGUUUUCCCUAUGGUCAUCUUCAUGCUUCCAAUGUAAUGCUUGAAGGAGAGACGUGUCGGCUGAUGGACCUAGAGAAUUCUCUACUUGGACUUCCGUCUUUUUACAGAUCGUAUUUCACACAGUUCAGAAGAAUUAAUACAUUGGAAAGUAUUGAUGUGCACUGCUUUGGCCACUUACUAUAUGAAAUGACGUACGGCCGACCUCCUGAUUCUAUACCUGUAGAUCAGUUUCCCCCGGCUCCGUCCAUGUCAGUGGUGUCUGUUCUGGAGUCCAUCCUGUCGUGUGAAGCCUGUAAAUCCGGUAUGCCUUCUGUGUCGCAGCUCCUUCAGAUGCCGUUAUUUAGUGAUGUGGCGCUUAUGAAUACUGAAAAACCUCAGUUUAAGAUUCCUACCAAGUUAAAAGAAGCCCUAAAAACAGCCAAAGAAUGUAUGGAGAAGAGGCUCGCAGAAGAGCAGAAAUCGAUCUACCAGCACAAGCGUCUGACACGAGCACAGUCACAUCACGGGUCAGAGGAAGAGAAGAAAAAGAGGAAAAUUUUGGCUCGAAAGAAGUCAAAGCGCACAAACUGCGAAUCUGGAGAGGAGCAGUCAUUGAAAUGCAACAACUCAAAUAAUUCAGGCUCUGGAACAAGUUCUCCUCUGACCUCGCCAUCAUCUCCCACACCACCUUCAACAGCAGGGACAUCAACGUUUCCAAUACCAGUUGCUCCGCCGCCACCUCCUCCGCCCCCGCCACCUGUGGCACCUCUUCCUCCUCCAAGCAAAGAUGUGCCAACAGAUUUGGCCCUGCCCUCUGUUAAUGGUACAGACCGCGGAGCCUUAUUGAAUUCCAUCAAGUCCUUCAAGAAAGGAGGGCUGAAGAAAGCCGUGACAAAUGACAACAGCGGCCCCCGGAUCAGCUGAACGCACUUAUCCUGGGGCCAGACGCACACGGUGGUUGUAUAACUCCCAGCCUGUCCUCUCGUCACGUCUUAGAACAGGAUUUUCGUGAAGACAACACCUUACGUUUAAGAAAGGUUGGGAGUAAGAAUAGAGGCCCUGGCUCUCCUAUCCCAUCUCCAGUAUGUAGUCACUGUGUUCAGAAACACCGGAUGCCUUGCUGACCACCCCCCUUUAUAAUGUGUUCCACUGUUAAACGAGACCCAGUAGAUGAAGAGGUCACAGUAGGUGCUGCCUACCGGGUCUUUACACAGGAGGCCCCAGCAUCCUGCUCUGCAAGAAAUGGAUCCCAAAGAAGGGACCCUGCAAAACUAGGACCUGUCUUUUUAUUCCGUUUCAUCUAUAUAUUAUUUCCUACUAACUGGAAGCAUUUUGCAGAAUAUUGUAGUCAUAUAAUGACUAAUCGUCUUACAUUUGCUACAUCAGGGCAAGACUCAAGUUUUGCCCUGAUGCUGCCUCUCUCAUCUUGCAACAUUACUAGUUGCCAUGUUAACAUUUCUUAGCUCAGUGUUUCCCAACGAGGGUGCCUCCAGCUGUGGCAAAACUACAACUCCCAGCAUGCCCGGACAGCCUUCGGCUGUCCGGGCAUGCUGGGAGUUGUAGUUUUGCCACAGCUGGAGGCACAACUACAAUUCCCAGUAUGCCCAGAUAGCCUUCGGCACUGGUUGGGAAACACUGUCUGAGGCUGGGUUCACAUCACGUUUUUGGCCAUACUGUUGUCAAUCCGUUUUUCUAAAGAAAAUCGUAUGGCAAAAAAACGGAUGGAACAGUAUGGGAAAAAGUAAAUCGUAUACUGUUUUUA